AAGAAGUCACAACAUGACUUUAUCAUGCUUUUUAGAAGACGGGAUGCCUGCAAUAGACAUCCCGUAUUUCUUGCAUGCUACCUCAUAUGCACGGUUCGGCAGCUAAAUAAUCUACUAGAGCCGAGGGCCGCAGUGAUCUUCCGGAAAACGGACAAGAUUAUUCAGGAACAAGUAUAGUAUAUGGACAAUUGUUCAAAUAGGAAGACGAAUAUUCGAAAAUCAUCCUCCUGGCUUAACGUCUGGCAAUAUUAAAGAGAAUAAAGAACAAAGACGGCACGAACCUUACCUUUUACUUAGCAACAUUAAGCUAUAUGUCAAUACGUCAGUAAAAGCUAAAUAUCGGCGUUAAAGAAGCGAUUUCGGAUUUCCCCAUUUACGUACCCGGGAUAAACACCGAGGUAGAACAAACAACUACCAACGACCUCAUUAACGGACCAAAUUGAGGCUAAUGGUAGGAAAUAUCAAAGGCGAGGAGGACAAAUCCGAAAAACCGGCGUCUGGGCCUGAUACCGAGUAUGUUUUCGCAUCAACUCAGGAAAACACCUACAUAAGCGGCCGGGCCGAAAAUCAGGGCCAAUCGACAACAAACUCCAAUGACCUAACGAAAAGCAACUUCUUAGGUAGGGUGAUGGCGAUACUGAAUUGGAUGCCACAACGCUGUCGCUACGAUCCUGAGAACCCACCCAAGUUCACCUUAUCUAUGAACAUUCUAUUAGCUUUUAGUGGGACGUUCACCGUCGCAAACCUGUAUUAUGCGCAACCAAUUUUGAACGUUCUAGCCAGGGACUUCAACGUGAGCUACGAAAAAGCCUCUGAUGUAUCCACCCUAUCACAAGCAGGAUAUGCCACUGGGCUUCUCUUUCUGUGCCCCUUGGCAGAUAUGGUCCCUCGCCGGCCCUUCAUUCUAUUCCUUAUAUGGCUGACGGCAACUAUUUGGAUUGGAUUAUGCCUCACUACCAGCUUCAAUGUAUUCAUUAGUUUGUCUUAUCUCUGCGGAGUUGGUACAGUAACACCGCAACUGAUGCUACCCCUCGUCGGUGACCUAGCACCAGCUCAUCGCCGCGCCAGUUCACUAUCCGUGGUUGUAUCUGGCUUAGCCCUUGGGCUACUAAUCGCCAGAGUCCUGUCGGGUAUAGUAGCUAACUUUACAUCUUGGAGAAAUAUCUACUGGUUAGCAUUCGGCGCUCAAUACCUAACUUUAGGACUUCUCUACUUCUACCUCCCGGAUUACCCCACGAAAAAUAAAGGAUUAAACUAUUUCAAGGCCCUCUGGGGCAUGGUGGUAAUGGUUUUCACGGAACCUCUGCUCACUCAAGCAUGUUUCAUUGGUUUCCUGCUCAGCGCCGCAUUUACCUCUUUCUGGACUACUCUUACAUUCCUUCUUGCGUCGCCGCCGUAUGAAUACACAUCGCUCGAAAUUGGAUGUUUCGCAUUUAUUGGAAUAGUUGUGGUUGCACUAGCUCCCUUCUGGUCGCGCCUCAUUACGGAUAGAUUCGUGUUCUUGUUCUCCGUUAUUCUUGGCCUCGCUUUCGAGUUCGUUGGUAUUGUGAUAUCCACCUUCACCGGGAGUUUCACGGUAGCAGGACCUAUAAUACACGCCAUCAUGAUGGAUUCAGGAGCGAAUUUUACGCAUACUGCCAAUCGGACCAAUAUCUACACCCUCGAUCCAAAAGCACGAAAUCGGAUUAAUACGGUGUACAUGGUUUUCUGUUUUGGGGGCCAGAUCAUGGGCACAGCAGUCGGUAAUCGGCUAUACGCGCAAGGAGGCUGGGUUUGGAGCGGAAGUUCGAACAUCGCUUAUAUUGGCCUGGCUAUUCUUAUCGGUUUCGCUAGGGGUCCAAGAGAGACAGGUUGGGUGGGGUGGUCCAAUGGUUGGAAUAUUAGACGAGAUGAUAGCCCGAAGAGAGAGCCCGCGGUCGCCGCUGACACUGAUAUUGAGGAAGCCGCGCCGCCGUCUAAUCUGAAUCAGUCGAAGGAAGAGAGUCAUAUAGAUGGAAUUAGGUAACGCAAAUGAGGCCUGCCUUUCUGGGUCAUAUUUUUCAUUCUGUUUCUAGAUUUAUAUCAGCUAGGGUUUACUAAUGAAUAAUGACUGGGCGACGUCAUCCAUAUGCGAAUCAAAAAAUCUUCAUCCCAGGAUAUGGGCGGUAAUCUGUGAUAUUAUAUGAAGUAGAUAUCAAUUGUACAAUUGCAAA